CAAUACAGGUUUUAUUUUUGAAAUAGUUGGUUAAGCAAAAUCAGCAUAAUUCACCGCCCAUCAUCAAAAGAUAAAAGAAAUAAACAAACAUUCUAGCGCACAUGGCAACACAUGCAACCGACGCAAUUCCCUUUCGACAAUCAGUUUAAUCGCAGGCGCAACUGUCGGCAAAGCAAUUUGCCGCAAAAUCAUCGGCGUCUCAGUGUAAAUUCAUGCGACUUGCGAAAUGCCAAUUGCGCUUUUCAAGUCCGUACGCGAAGUGAGCAGCGAAGAUGCGGUGCACGUAGCGGCGAAUCUGCUCAAGGAAAACGCCGGCAAGAAGUGGCGAACCAAGGCGCCGGGAGAGAAAUCCGCAUACGUUGUGCUGGAGUUCGAGGAGCCGCAACAGAUUACGGGCAUCGAUAUUGGCAACGAACAUGCCGCCUUCAUCGAGGUGCUGGUCAGUCGAACAGGCUGCCAGGCGGACGAUUUCCGCGAGCUGCUGCUAUCCAGUUCGUUUAUGACGCCCAUCGAGAGCAAGAAUUCCAGCAAUCCAAAUCGCGUUCGCUGUUUCAGUAGCACUUCGCUGGCGGAGAGUGCACUGCCGGAGAAGUGGAAGCUGCUUCAGAUAGUCUGCACACAGCCCUUCAAUCGUCAUGUGCCAUACGGGCUCUCAUUCGUCAAGGUGCAUGUAGUGGCUGCUGCGGCGCCUAAGGUCAAAUCCCUAGUGCCGCAGGGUGUUAUGCAAUUCGGGACCUUUAAGCUGCGCGAGGAGUCGCCGGACUCGGAAACGGACAAUCAAGUGAACAGAUUUCACAGCUGGAAGAAGCAGACGCAGCACAAGUCGCCCGCGAUCAGUGCGACCUCCACAGCAGCGGCCAUUCGGGACGCCGGCUCCACGGCCCUGCGAAGGCUGAGCGCUGGCAAGGUUUCUAGCCUGGCUGCAUCGCCCAAAACCUCGACGUCGCCAUCACCAGUUCUCAAUGCUCUGCGAUCGGUUUCUCCGACGCCAUUGGAUGCCAAGCCCCUGGAUCGCAAUCGAGCUUCACUCUUGUUCGGCGACGAUGAUGAGGACGUGAAGGACGCUGAGGUCAAUGCAAAGAAACAACGGCUGAGCAAGCAUCUGGAGGCGGACAAGGAUCGACGGCGAUUGGAGCAGGAAAAGGAGAGGGAGAGCAGAAAGAAAAAGUCAAGCAGGCACUCCUUGGAUAAGUCAAUCAGCAAAGAAGACAAACCACCGGCAAAGGAGCACAAUUCGUCCUCCAGAGAAAAAUCCACAGCCAAAGAAGAGAAAGAGCAAUUACGAAAAGAGGAAAGAUCGCAUUCGAAGGAGGAGAAGUCCAGGAGGAAGGAGAAAUCUAAGCAUGAUCACAGAUCUUCGGACACCUCGAAUUCCAAGGAAAGUUCGCGCCCAACUGCGCAAAAGCGACAUUCAUCUCCCACCGCAGUCGCAGUAACGCCCGCCAAAAAGCAAAAGAUCGUGGACACAGCGAUUCAAUACCGUCCCCUUAAUCAGUUACUCAAGGGUGUGGUCCUGGUCAUCAGUGGCAUACAGAAUCCCGAUCGUGCAGACUUGCGUUCGAAAGCGGUCGCCUUGGGAGCCAAGUAUAAGGCUGAUUGGGGAUCAGGAUGUACCCAUCUGAUAUGCGCAUUCAAAAACACACCGAAAUACAAUCAAGUGAAGGGCAAGGGCAAGAUUGUGACACGCAGUUGGAUCGAGAAAUGUUAUGAGCUGAAGAAGUACCUGCCAUGGCGACGUUACGCCCUGGAUACCAAUGACAUUGGCCAGCCGGAGAGCGAUGAGGAGCUUUGCGAUGAGGCGACGAGGCCACGGCGCGAUUCCAGCAAGGAUGAUGUGGCAAUGCUAGAGGAUAGCAAGCUAACAGCUCUAGCGGAUCAGAAUGAUGUGGAAAUGAAUCCAGAUGCCUUAUCGGGCAUUGAUACGGAAGAUGAACUGCAGCGCGUGGCUGAGGAAAACAAAACGAAGAAAGCCAAACUAAGGACUACAGUAAAGACGAAAUCGCAAGAUAUAUACGAAGUUAGUACCGAUGAAGAGGAUUAUCUGGAGCUAAAGAAGAAACAAAUCGAUUAGGUGCCAUUUCUAACCUCAUCUCAUAUUUUGUAUACGACUUUAUUACUUAAAUUGCUUGUAAUGUGCAAGUAUCAUAUUUUUGUACUUUGUUAAUCGAAUAUGCUCGUUAUCAAAAAUUCGACAAAUUCAAAAUAAGUGAUUAGUUUGGACCAUUUUGAAAAAAGAGCCCAAGGAAUAAAUAUUGAUAUUAUAAUAGAUCUAUCGCAUGUUCAUUUAAAAAAAACUAUCAAAUAAACCACCUCUGGGCU